GCGGAACCGGAAACCGUCAGAUGGGGAAGAAGAGCCGGCUUCCGGUACAUUUGUGGUUAUGCCUUUUACUGUCCUGCAUGUCGCGAUAAACACAUCCAUUACAUUCACCUUUGAGCGAAGACGCCGUCGUCAAGGUCCUUGUUUUUGCCUCCCAGCCGCCGCCAUCGCUGCUGUCAUGGGGACGACGAUGAGCGAGCCCUGCAUCUACGACAAGCUGUCAGAGAGCAUCGACAUCCUGCGCCAGUCAGGCUACCGCUACGGGAUGUCGGAGCGGGAGAUCGAGCGCUUCAUCAAGCGGAUGCUGGAAAGCAACGAGCCCAGGAGGGAGCCGCCUCAGUUCCCCAUCCUCAGGGCCACCCUCAAGUUUACGUUGGCAGUGGGCUUCUUGCUGGUCGUGGUCUUGGCCUUCUCGUACCCUCAGAGCUCCCCACAGUUGGGUCUGGUCCAUUUAGGGUCCUACAACUGGUCGUCGCCCCUCAGCCACGUGCGCCUGCUGUCCUUGCCCAUCGCCAAGAAAUACAACCUGCAAGGUUUCCAUGAAUGGUGGAGUGCAGGUUCUCUCAGACAGAACUUGGUCAACUGUUCUGGCUGCGCAGUCAUCUCCUCAGUGCUGGAAGUCCCAGAGAGCCUGAGUGGGACCGUGACCAUGCGUCGGGGUCCACAACUAGUCCUGUUAAAGGGCGGCCAGUCCCUCAGCAUCACGCGGCCUCAGCUGGAGGAGCUCUACUUGGCCCAUUCAGAUUCAGUGUCCGUUCUGCUCGAAGACGACGACGGCGGGCAGAACCUGAGUGCUGGCCUCCCGCAAGGACCAGCCAACUUCACCUUGCUUUGGUACACUGACCCUCUGCGAACGCUUCCCAAUGAUCAAAAAUCCUCACUCACGCCUCGCUGCAGGAGGUUCCGCUCGGCCGCCAGAGAGAAGGUGCUGAGGUGGCUCUUUCCCAAGGCGCAGCUCUGCCCUCUGCUGGACAGUGGCGGGAGCGUCUUGCAGCGCUGCCUGGUCACUCACAGCAGCAAGUCCCAGAGCAGGGGCGUGGCCGUCUUGGGCUGGCUGGUGGUGGGGGAGGGGCUACCCACGGUGCGAGUGGUUCCUGUUCAACGCUGCCAGAAACACUGCAGCUCCUUCAACCUGUGGCUCAACCCUGGAGACAUGGUGUACGCCGACCCUCGCUACUGGCAGAUGGAGCUCUUCCCCGGACGAGGUCAGAACAUCGUGUGCGAAGGCUCCACCUUUUAACGCUCGAGCGGACUUUCUGGCGGCGCUCUACUGGGAGGCUCCGCCCACUGAUGCCUUACAAGGAGGACGUUACUUUGGUCGGGUUUGAACACGCUCAAUGUGCCAUCGUGGACAUGGAAGACUUUCACCUGUUGCACAAAAUACA